AUGACCUUCGCAACGCACCCGAACCAGAAGCGGUCUGCCUGCGAGCGAUGCCGUCGCCAGAAGCUCCGAUGCUCCCGCCAAGACGACGAGAACGAGACGCGCUGCACGCGAUGCGCAGAGCGGGGCCUUGACUGUAUCGCCGGCCAUCAGCGCCGGAUUGGAAGACCGUCGAGACGCUGGGCCUUGAAUCACGCGAUAUCGAUGCGUCAGCCAGAGGUUUCUGUCUCUUCCACGAACACAGACGAUGAACAACAACCGGCCGUCUCUGGGGUCCAUGAUGACCUUCCUGGUGAUGCGCCACUAGACUCCUCAGGGAGCCUGGCAGAGUUUGGCCAUGGAAUCACCACCGAUACAACUAUCUCUUUGGACUACCAUCUGGAUGACUUCCCCUGGGAUAUGUCCCUCGAUCCUCACUUGGACGGCUCCAUCUCCGCCCAGAUGGCAGAAGAGGAGAUGGAGCGCAUAGCCAGCACAUCUCAGAUCGCAGAUCCGGCAAUUCAAAAUGAAGCUUUCGUCAAAAUUUCAAAGAUCAACGUCGACCUCCACUCCUAUCUGUCAAGUAUUGAGAUCAAUAGACCGCAUCUCGACUUUUGUUCCUUCACACACUCAUCCUCAAUCCUCAGCGUAGGCGGUCAUACUGUGCCGGAACUAGCCCUUGUUGCCUUCCAGGACUUUAUUGGCAUUCUGUCGGGCAUGAACAAAACGGACAGCAUCCAUCAAGGUGUUUCACCGACGGCUAGAACUUUGCCCGUUCAACCGGCACUGGCACAGAGCACCUCAUGCUCUGAGUCUGGAUCGUUGAAUCCCUCGCUGCUUGUGUGGAGCAGAGCAUCUUCGCCGCUUGCUUCUCAAACCGCUGUCCCCAUCACCGGUGUACUCAAUCAGGCGCUAGUUCUCGUGAUUACUAGCUGCUACGUACAAAUGAUCACAAUAUUUGAGGAGAUAUUUAUCCAGAUACACAAGAGACUAGAGGCAAUUGCUUGGGACCCAAUCCAGCCGAUCGAAGGGAUCAAGUUUGGCGCCUUUCCGAUAGGAGAUGCCCAUCUUCAAGGCAUCAUUUUCUCCCAGAUUGUCGAAAGUCUGCUGGAAAAAGCUGAUCGGCUUCUUGGUGUUCAACACUCCAUGGUAUCCUCUGCAGGAACCGUCAUAUCCUCCGGAAUUCUCUCCUCUAGUCAGUCCGAUCUUCUCCAUGACCAGCUCAAAUCCAAGAACCAAGCCUCCAUACCAAGGUCCAUUGGACUCAAGAGUGCUAUUCAACGCAUGCGAUCGACUUUGACGGCAGCAACGUGA